UGACGCCGGUCGUCCGCGCCGCGCUCCUUACGCAAAUAUUACGUGAGCUUCGUUAUAACUCGAAUCAACUCUCCGAUUGAAAUGUUAAUUAAAACCGUGUGUGAGUAAAGUGCUUACGGCAAUAUAUGGAGGGAUAAAUCUCUGUGAUAUGUGAUGGAACAGUUUGUUUAAAAACUUAAUGAGGAUGUAUAUCUUAUUAGCAGUACUGAGUUUACUUGUAAAAGAGUCGUUACUGCUAAAGAUAGUUCGAGUGUCAGUACCUACAUACAGGGUGCGGGGCCAACCCGCCCAGUUCGAGUGUGACUAUGAACUGGGCGAGGACAACCUGUACUCCGUCAAAUGGUACAGAGACAAUGAAGAGUUCUACCGUUACAUGCCCAAGUUUGACCCGCCGAAGCACGCCUACAAAUUGGAGGGGAUCAAAGUGGACUUACAAAAAUCAGACGACCGAAGAGUCAUCUUGCACCAGGUGACCCUCAAAUCGAGCGGACUGUACAGAUGCGAGGUGUCUGCUGAAGCGCCAAGCUUCGCGUCAGCCGCUGGAGAAGGAAGGAUGGAGGUUAUAUAUUUACCGAGGGAAGGUCCAAGAAUAACAGGCAACGAGCAAGAGAAUAGAAGAGGGGACUCCUUAUUCCUCAACUGUACGUCGGGGCGGUCCUACCCUGCGGCAGUACUCAGUUGGGACAUUGAUGGAGAAAAGGUGACAGACCCUUUACUCCUCGUGGAGUAUCCACCGACGCAGCACGCGCACGGCUUGCUGUCUACAGCUCUGGGCCUGCGGGUGCCAGUCGGCCGGACGAUGCAGGUGCGAUGCACCGCGCGAGUUGCGCCCGCCUGGCGGGAAGGCAGCGAAGCAGUCGUUGGGAACAGCCAGCUUGCUGAUAGUAAAGAAGCUAUGUUAUUAGGUAUCGGAGAGGACAGCAUAUUUUUGCGGAGUUCCAGCGAGGCGCCUGCGCUAAGUGUAACGCUGUUAACACUUUCCCUCACCCUCUUCUUCAGACCCCUAAUACAAUCAGAAACGUGAUAAAUUAUCUCAACUCUUUUAUUAACAAAACGUGAUUUAGACACAGACAUGCCUCUGGUCUAUUCCAAAAGGAAUACUCCAACUAACUUCAUAGAUAUAAUUAUACUUUCAUUUUAUUAUUGCCGUUUGUUUCUUAACGAUAUUGUUUAUAUGAUAAUGUACAAUUCAGGUAGCUAGUUAAUACUUAAUGUUUUAUAGUAAAAUAUUUAAUUAAGUCUUCGAUACAUAUCUCGGUCAUUGCUAGUGGGAAGAUUAUUUUCGUUGGUGAUUUCUCGAAAGUGAAGUGUUAAUUACUAGGUACAAAAUUUAUAUUUUUGCAGCAAGAGCUAUUUGCAAACGAAAUUUUAAUUUGAAACCUAUCUUUAGAAUUCAAAAUUAUAUUGUAAAUAAAAGUUUAGAAUCGCCUUCUUAGAUCUACUGUUGUAUAUAAAAGUUAUGGUUAGUCGACAUCUUUUUUGUAAGAAUAUUAUAAUAAUAAAGUAUAAAAAAUUGAGAACUUAUACUACGUACUGGGAUCGUUGACGAUAUGUAAAAACUAUGAGGGAUUAAUAUAAAGAGAAUAAAUUUUAAUUAGAAAUGUAACUGCUUCUAAGAAUCCUAAUUUUUGUAAACAAGUUUUCUAAGUACUUUUGGGUAAGAAAAUCUUGAACAAAAAGUGAUCACUGCUGUACUAUAAUAAGUAAGUUUGAGGGACGACGGCCAACUGGGGUCGCGUAAAAUGUCAGUACAUAUCUUGAAUUGCUACUAAAUAUCACGAGGACAGUUGUACAUAUUGAUCUAGAACACAUAUGCUUUUGUUGUUAACGUGUACUGUAACUAGUAUAAUACUGGCAUGAUUUUGUUGAAUA